AUGGUAGACCCAACACAAAUAGUUACAACAAAAACACACAUCAAACAUUUAGAUACAAUAACAAAUACUGUCAAAACAACAAUAAUAACAGAUUCAAACCUCACGAUUAUAACAGAAACAAUCGAUACAAUGACACUCAUUUUGAUAACAAAUUCAAACGAAAUUACUCCGACAUGAUUUGCGAUCAUUGUGGGUUAAGGGGUCAUAUUAAGAGAAAAUGCUUUAAGCUAAAAAAUUUAAAAAGAGACGCUGUAAGGUUUAUAGAUACAGUAAAACCUGGAACUAGUGCAGAGAAAGACCUGACUUCUCUUAUGAACCGGAUGACGACAGAUAACAGGAUGGACACGGACAGUGAGGAGGAAUGGAAUGAGUGGAACUCAGAUCUUGCUUGGAAACGUGGCCAUAAUGGCGCACCGAAAACAAAUUAGACGCUAUAAGGAUCGAGACCCGGAGCCAAGGCCAAACAUGAUGAUGGGUCCAAGUUCGGAAGCUGAUAGAUUCGGAAUAUUAGAGCGAGAGGAGUCAUUAUAUGGAGCUGGAAGCGGCUCAGAAGAAAACCUGUUCCGGGGAUUCUCGGAGCAUGAUCUGGCGAAGGUCGGACGGAAAAGAAAAGCUUCAACGGCGAACUUGCCGGGAGGCUGUCUUCGACGCUCAAAGCGUCUUCGGAAGCAAACAGAGAAUCCAGAUUUUUAUUAUGAUCGUUAAUUGAGUCAAAAUCAUUUCGGAUAGAGUCCGUUCAGAACUUUAAGUAAUUGAAUUUCAAAAUUUUAUAUUUGUUUAAACUUGAUUAGUUACAUUUAGGAUAUAUUAAUCCUUUCAA